AGUACCACGUUCCGUCGUCGCGACUUCCGGCUACAGUUUUGUAUCCCUUUUUUCCGAACGUCGUCUGUCGUCGUAAUCGUUGUACACCGUGGUGAUAGUGCAACGAGAUUGAGUCGUGUCAGAAGUGAGCGAGUGUAGAUCGUUUUUCCGAAAUUACCGUACGAAGGCGAGUCCGGGCGGUGAUAUCGACGCGUAUCGUUCCGAAACGAGCGAACCGAACGUCGAGCGAAGUCGUCGUUCCGUUCGAAAGGGUGCAACGGGAAUCCCGCGAUUCCGCGAUCGAAUCAACGGCGAGAUUGUUUCCACGGAGAGCAUUCGUAACACAGAGAACGGUGACGAUGGCAAGGCGGAAUUUCGUGUCCACGAACGGCCACGCGAGGCUCGAUACGUUUCCCGUCGGGUCGGGCUAACGUAACCGUUCUUCGUACGCGAGAGAACAAAUCAAACGAGUGCGCGACGCGUGCUCGUUACGCGUUCUUCUCUUCUAUUUUUUUCUUUUUUUUUUCUUCUCUCUUUUACCAGCCGCGUUCGUGUCGUCGCCAGCGUGUUAAUUAAACAAACAAACUGUGGACCGGGUGGUGUUAAUCGGACACGCUGCGAGAAAAUCUGGAAAGGACGCGCGAGUCGAUGGGAAAAAGGAGGCGGCGGAGGAGAAAGAGGCAGGAAUUUAAGGUACAAUACGAAAUGGAGAACAACGACGAGGCGCGAUCCGUCGCCGAACGUGCGUCCACGUCCAAGGAGGAAUCGUCCGCUCCCGGCACCGCCGACGACAAUUACGGCUGCGAGCACUACAAGCGAAAGUCCAAGUUCGUGACGCCCUGCUGCAACAAGGUAUACACGUGUCGGUUCUGCCACGACAAGCGGGAGACGCACACGGUGAACAGGAAAGAAGUCACGGAACUGAUAUGCGUAUUGUGCGACACUCGUCAGCCGGUGCAAGCCACCUGCCAAAACUGUCACUGUCGAUUCGGCAAAUACACGUGCCUCGAAUGCAAUCUGUUCGACGACGAGGACAAGAAUCAAUACCAUUGCGACGGCUGCGGGAUAUGCAGGGUCGGCGGUCGCGACCGAUUUUUCCACUGUGCCAAGUGCAACAUGUGUUUGCCGAUUCAGUUACAAAAUGGACACACGUGUGUGGAAAAUGUGUCGCACGCAAAUUGCCCUGUCUGCCUGGAAGACAUACACACGAGCCGUAUACCCUGUCACAUUCCAAACUGCGGUCAUCUACUGCAUCGCACGUGUUUCGAGGAAUUGUUACACUCAGGACAUUACGCUUGUCCCAUUUGUCAAGUAUCGCUUCUAGAUAUGACUGACUUAUGGAGAUUUCUAGACAUGGAGGUGUCGUUGACACCGAUGCCAGAAGAGUACAGAGAUUACAAGGUCGAGAUUCUGUGUAAAGACUGUCACGAAGAAUCGACGGUAAAAUUUCACGUUGUAGGUUUGAAGUGUUUAAAUUGUGGGAGUUACAACACUUGCAGGGUCAAAGGCUCCCCUUCACCGGCAGACGAAGGGAGACGAAGAGAAAUAGCAACGCCGGACUCUGAGUAUUAAAGAGAAAAAAGAUGCUCGAUCGUUCCCGGGAAACUGUUUAUAAAGAUACAGUGGAGGAAGGCCUUUACCUCUUUACUUGUUUUUAGUGAAUUUACACGUCUUUGUUGAUUGUUUUCAGACUUUUCAUAGACACUAUUUUGUUGGAAGGGCCGAAACGAAGCGGCUGGCCACGAUCAGCGCCUCGUCGAUGGCCGUGAAACGUUAGCAAAAAUCAUUAAAUAUAUUUACGUUGCAGCGUCGAACGUAAAUAAAAUUGACACGAUACGGAACUUGAAUCGUCAGGAAUACAAGUUUCUUAUCCGCAAAGAUUUCCUUUGAUAACAGUAUUUCGAAAUAGAUCAGUACGUUUCGGACGUUUGUCUUUCUCGCGGAGAUCACCCGUUUCCAAAAAAUAAAAUUCUUCUCGCUCUGUUUUUCCCCCUCUUUUAUAUAUAUAUAUAUAAAUAUAUAUAUAGAUAGAUAUGUACAAAUAUAGAGAUUCUUGCACUUCGUGAUACGUGACUUUCUUUCGAUGCAAUCUUUUCGUAAAUGCUAACGAACAACGUGUACCGGUAGUACUAGUCAAAAAUCAACCCUCCCCCACCCCACUCUUUUAGCUAUUGUAACCAAGAGCUAAGGGACCCUCUAUAAUAUUUACCAGACGCAUAUAGUUUCCCCGAUUUUAUAUUACGCAGCUACUACACGUAGAAAUAGAGAACAAUGAGAUUAUUACUAAUAAGACGCAUUAUAUACGUUAAAUGGAAUUAAUCGCGAGCGCAAUUUUCGAAAAGAUCGCCAUUUAGUCAAGGAUCAUAUUCGGGUCUGCUUGAUGUGUGACACAAUUUCUGCAUUGAAUAAACGAAAAAAAGAAGAAAAAAAAUGCGCGGGGGAAUCUCAGAUAGUUGGGUGACGUAAAAGCUGAUGUACCCAACGGUACAGACGAUUUUUUUGGGAAUUUACAAAACCAACGCAACGCGUAUCGCGAGCCAGCGAAACGACACGUGAACGUAAUCAGAUUUCACGACAUUCAUCUAUCGAAUUUUAUCGGGCAUUAUCACACCGUGUUAUUAUGAUCUAAAAAAAAAAAAAACAUAUUCGUGAUUGUACGCUUCGUAAUGUCGCGCGUAUGUUUAGGCGUUUUAGUGCACGCGUUUACGAAUACCGCGUCUUGUUUGGAGUAGGGGGUUGUGUUGAACAAAAUCCUCGAACAAUGUGUGAUUUUGGAUAACGAAAAAAAAAUAACAAAUAAACGAGAAAUAUUUAUCGAGCAAAGAUACACGGAACUAUAGUUUCAACUAUUUACCGGCGAUUCGUCUUGUUAACUUUCUCGACGCUGUUCCGAGAAUCAUAGCUAGUGAUGUUGAAUCGUACGUAGACUGUAUUCAACCGAUCGAUAGUGACUACAAUGCCAGUGACAUGCAGGGGUGUUCCUAAAAACAUUUGGUCGAACGUUACCAAUUUAAACGAUGAGAAAAUUGUUGUCAAAUAAUGUUUAUACGUUUGACUGUGUUUGUUCGUACCGUUAGUCUUCGCUAGCGUGCAACUUUCAAUGCAUAUGUAACAAUAUUUACUCAGUAUGUUAGAACACGCAGGUCGAAUUGAGCCAAACAAUUUAGCAACGCCCUCUACACCCUCACGAGAAAUUCAUUUGUUUCUUGACAAACAAGAAACGAUGUUACUUGCUUUGACAUUUGUUGCAACGAAACGGGAUAGAGCACCUCUUCUUCGAAUCAAACGCAUCAGAUUGUUCACGCAUUUUUUUAACGGGACAAUUUUUAAUUCAAGAACUUUUAAUUUGUUGGUUAUGUACAACGCGUCGAAACGUUUGCGAACGAAGUUUUAUUUUGAAUUGUUGAAUAUUGAAAAAAGAAAACGCAAAAAAAAAAAAAACAAAGAUAUAAUAAAAAUAUUAAAAGCAUAGCGGAGUGUUGGAAGCGUGUGUACGAAGAGAGAGAGCCUUAGAAUCGCGUUCGACGCUCAUUGGAUUGUUUGUAAACGUUGUUGAACGAAUCGUGCCCAGUUUUGUAUCGCUGGACGACGAUUACGAGUCGUACCAGUUCCCUCGUAAUUUAAUUACCGAUACGAGAUAAUACACGAAAGAAAACAUCAUGUUCGAAACUCCAUGGCAGCUUGAAUCGGUCAGACAGAUCCGAUAUACCUCAAUUAUGAUUAUGAAAACUUAUUAAUUAUGCUCGGUUCAACUUCUAUUCGUACCAAGCUCAAUACGUACCAAGCUGAUUGCUCACAGCAUGUACCUCUUGUCCAUUCCAUGGCAUUCCAAGUUUCGUGAAACAAUAACAUAUGCUGGCGUACACUGAAAAACGAACUAUCGUCAUUUACCCAAUAGGUAACGUAAUUAGCACAUUUAAUUGCGCGUCGUAAUCGAUCCGCGUGGACGUAAAUCAUAGGCGUUACACGCGGGGACGCUGAUCCAAGGCGCAAUUACAAUGUUUCUUUUUUGGUGUGAUUAUCAUCACGUCUUUAUUAUUCAGUUGUAAAUUAAAUACCAGUUACAAAGGCUCUUUGUACAUAACGGCCGCAAUAAUGCUUUUGUUUUAUAUUAUAUAUAAUAUAUACUAUUGU